AUGGGUGAGAAACUACAAGCAUAUUUCGACAAGUUACUUUUGAGAAUAGACGGUUUGAAAGCAGUCACGAUAACAGAUCGAGAUGCUGUAUCAAGUGAUGUGUCGCCCAGGGUACUCGAGUCGGCAAUAUCGACCACGUUUUCUGUGGUCAGCGAUCAGGCAUCCAAACUAGGAUUAAAGAAGAAUAAUUAUGUCGUGAGCCUAUACGGAAUUCACCAAAUCGUGCAAUUCAAUCAUGCACCGUUGAUCACUACAUUGGUAGCCGAUUCCAAUGCAAAUACUGGUAUCCUGUUGGACCUUUGGGAUGAGUUGAAAGAAUUGAUAGCCACAAUUAAUACUGCCAUAUUGGUAUCCCAGGAUAGCCCGGUUACAUAG